AGUCAGUAGUAUCGUUUGAAAUUUGGGUGAUGCAAUAUAAAUGUUGAUAAGUAUAGGACCUUUAAGCUUAGCAGGGCAGUAUAAUCCUAAAAUACGAAGAAAAAAAAUUGGCAGUGCCUACUGCACCUCCGGCGGAACAAUAUUGUCAGUGCCUACUGCACCUCCGACGGAACCAUAAAAACUUUUUUGUACCACCGCGGCGGAACUUUUACAAACAUUGAACAGCUAAGAAAAAAUAGAUGAUUAGAUAACUGGUGAAUCUUCUUGGAUUAGAUAAACAUUUCAACAUAGAAAACCAUAAAGGGAUGGAUUUCAACAAUGGGUUGCCUAUAACCAGACUAAUUAUCCAAUACAACUUAUCUGGGUUGCCUACCAGUCGGUGUUAUACAUUUUUAGGUUAGUUAUGUAUAACCUCUAAAACGUGUAAGAACGUUUUCAUGGUAUUGUUUAUAAGUUCUUUUAACUAAAGUAUGCACGUUUAUUAAAAAUUUACGAUUUAAAACGUCAGUGUAAACUGCUUAAUUACAUUUAAUAUAGUUGAGAUGUAAAUGUGGUGUAGUUUUGUAGAAAAAUGAGUUCAAAAGUUAGUUUUUCAGUGACCAAAGAAAAAAUUAUCAGGACUGAUGAGUUGUUGCAAAUGUUUGCAACUGUUAGCAAUGAACUGGAAGAGCUUAAGCCACUUUAUAAAGUUUGUAAAUCAAAAAACAAAAACCUUACAAAUGAUAAUGAUCUACUGAAAAUAGAAAAUGAGAGGCUAAAAUUUAAUUACACAACAUUAAAAGCUGAUACAGCAAAAUUAACUGAGCAAAGGGAUUCCCUCCAAAUUGAGUGGAAUAGUUUAGAGAAAAAAUACUCACAGCACAUUGUUAACAACCAGACACAAAUUCAAGAUUUGAAAAAUGAACAGCAGAUGAACCUAGAACUGAAGUUAGCCGAAUUGAAAGAAAAAUGUUCUACUUAUAAAAAUCAAUUAACAGCUCAAAAACGGCAAGUUAAUAGUUUAACUGUAGAGAAUGAAAGGUUAAGGUUACUAGACACUCAUAAAAACCCCAAAAAGGACCCCCCCAAAAUAAUAAUCCAACAAGAUAUUCUUAUAAAUAAAGACAAUAAAAUAGUUCAAUCAUUAGAUCCAAUUGCACAAGAUAUCGACAAUAAUGGCAAAAUUAUUAAAGAUUUGAAAGCAAAGGAAAAUGAGCUACAGAAAAAAAUAUAUAAACUCACUUUGGAUAAUGAAAAAUUAAAAACUGAAAUGGAGUCGUUAAAGUUGGAGGCCAAUUUAGUUCAAGCAGAGUUAAAACAGCAAAUCAAUCAGAUUGAGUCAGAUUUAAAGGACCAAAAGAAUCAGUUUCAAUCUAAAAUAAUUAAAUUAAAGAAGGUUAAUUCACCAAAGAAACCAAAAAUCACUGAAUGUACACAGUGUGGAGAAUUAAAAAAUCAGCUGAAUUGUUUGGAACUUGAGGUACAAAUGUUGGUAGAUGAAAAUAAUAAUUUAAAAUCACAAAAUAAUAAAAUGGAUCCCCAGACGAAAAUGAUGGUAACAGAAACUUUGUCACAAGAAGUUAAAAAUUCUGCAGUCCAAACUGAGUUUUUAGUUCAUGAUUUAGACUGCUUGUAUAAAAUGUUAUUUGAUAUGAAUGUACCAGAAAAAUUAAGUCCUCUCAAGGAAAGUUACUUUGAAAAUCUUCCAAAUGAUAUAGAAGAACUUACAAAUUUAGAAACUUUAAAUUCAGACCAUGAUAACGAAAGUUCAAUGUCUGUAAUCCAAAAAGAAAUAAUUACCGAAAUUCAUGACGAAAAUACUACAGAAAUUGAGCAUGAAACGACUCAACAAAACACCGAUAAAACAUCGGAAAAAAGAAAACUUUGGCGGGACCAAAAACAAAAGCGAUCCCUCUUGUUAAGGAAAAAACGCAGGCUACUGUCGCAUUUCAACAACUACAACGAGUUCCGAAUCAAGAACGUGCAUCUAAGAGGCCAAAACAAUCGCAAGAGGCGCAUGCGCGCAAGCUGCGCGCACCAACCGCGCGACAUCGUCCUAGACGCCAUGUUGGCCCUGAAAAAGUCGAACAUGAGCUUCACGAUAUCCAGCGAGAACUGCCGAUGCGACCCGAGCAUGCACUGCGUUCAGAAAUCCGCGCGUUUCAAGAGGGAGCGCGACUGCCGCAUCGUAAAAAGCGAGUGCUGCUUGAAGGAAUGCCAAACCGACAGAACUCCGUUCAUGCUCAUCGAUAAAACGAAAGAUGGGGAGCAGUUGCUGGGAUUUUUCAACGUCAAAAAUGAGAGGCAAAUGUUACCUCUCGAGGAGAAUAAAAAGAUUCACUACCUCACCGAUAUUCUACAGAAAGCCAACAGCAUUGAGAAAGCUGAAAAGGAAAGUUUGGACGUGGACAGUGAAGAGUUGCAGAAAUUGAUCGAUUUGGCCAGUGAAAACGUCAAAUUAAGAGAAUACAACUACGAAAAAAGGCAGGAAAUGAAAGAAUUGUUUGAGAAACAAUUGAGUUCCAUAUUUGAAAUUUCCAAUAAAAAUAAUGCCACUGGUAUCAAAAAUUUGUCCAGAAUUGCAAGUCCUGUAAGGAAAAUUGGCAAAAAAGUUACAUCAACGCCAAAUAAAUUGACAACAGAAAAAAGAUCAACCCAAGAAAAUAAUUUAAUAUCAUCUUCACCACCAAAUGAAAAAGAAGCAAUAAAAGAAAGACUGUCUUUCCCACAAAACAAUAAAGAAUCUUCACCAAGCGCAGAUUGUGAAGGCUCAAUAAGUCCAUUAAACAUUUUCUCCAAGUAUUCCGCACUACCGUUGUUAAGCCCCUUAAAUGAAAGGGAGUCAAUAUUGAAGAAAGGCUCACCAACAAAAAUGCGCCCUAGUAAGAAACUCUCCUUUAGUGAAACUACGCCGCCAAUAAUUCCUUUAGCAACAAACACGAUUGAACAAGAUUUGGAUGUUGAAGAUGUAAGACCAUUGAAGAUUAAACCCGUCAGAUUAAGUCGUAACAGUGCCGUUUUUUCUUCAAACGAAUCUCUGGAUGAUGUGGGAAAUACAGAAGAAGUUAAAAAGGGGGCAGCAAGAAGUACUUUAAAGAAAAAAUCAUCAAGAUCAAGCCUUUUGGAAAGACUUAGAGGCAAAAGAAAAUGUACCAGUGUAGGGGACAGCAUCCCUAAGAAGCGGGGUCGACCUAGAAGUACAUUAGUAAAUAAGGAAAUAUUAGAAAUUAAUUCUGAUAGUAAUACAAUAGAAACAAUUAAUAAUAAGGAAGACAAUUGUGAUAGUAAUUUUAAGAAUGUACAAAAUACAAGUGAAACUAGUCCAAAUCAACGUAAGCCGAGGAGAUCAGCUCGCAUGGUUAGCAGUUAUUUGAAGAUGAUUGACAAUGACGAAACACCGGAAGUUGUCCAUAAAGUCCCGGAAGUUGUGCAAAAAGAACUACCAGUUGCACAAAAUAUAUUCUCAAAGCCCACACCUUCAGUUUUAAAGAAGGAAUCGGUAGAUAAAGUGGGAGAAAUUAUGUCAAUGAUGAAAAACACCAAAACCUCCACUACUCCAAUGCUUACAGAAGAAUUACCAUUGAAUAAUAAUGUUGAUAAAGUAGAUACUCCCUUAUCUCCAAAUCAACAACCAUCUGCGAACAGUAGCAUUAAAAACAAUGAUGAUUCAAGGGAUUCCUUGAGAUCACCGGAACCGGAAGUGAUGACGAGUUGCGAGGACCCCAAGAUUAUACCGUUGGAGAAGCCUCCCAAAAUGACGCUUUGCAAGGUUGACCUCCUGUUCAAAAAACUAAUCAACUUUUCCAAAGAAAAAAAAGUGGUUGAGGAGGUUGUGAGCCAAUUUAUUUCAGAGGAACCGGAAUAUAUUGCGCAGUUGGUUCUUGAGAUCGCCUCCAGAGACAUCUACGACAAGCCUUCCAACACCCACAACAACUACGCGCCCCCCCUAACGGAAACUCAAAUGGUUCUCUUUGGCUUCAUGGUGCGCCUGGACAAAACCCUAUGCGAGAGCGUUCAGGAGCACUUCUUGAAGAAAACCGAAAUCGUCAUGUUUUCCAAAGUGGCAGACGUCCAACAAGCCAAUCCUCUGUCCAGGAUGUACAUAGCGAUAUGCAAGGCCCGCAAGGACAUGGACAGAAUAAGGAAGUUUUGCUGCGAGUGUUUUUAUUUCAUGGAAGAUUUAGCUGUGCCGGUGUUUUUCAACGUUUUGACCUCCUGGACGCAAGUUUUGCCAAAACAUGAGGCAUCAAACGAUUGCCCCAUGGCAAAGGUUUUAGUCCAGUUGGUUCAGUUGAAAGUUUGCAACACCCCUGGUUUUAAUUUGUGCCCUUUAAGAGAUCUUUUGCAUUAUUUUUAUGGCUAUCCCAAGGAGAGGCAGGAUUGUAAUGCAGUUUUUAAGGAUAUUUUUAACAGUUACAUUGGAAAUCCCUCGAGAAAUACGGACUUAUCUAUAAUACUUUUCUGUAAGCACCAAUCAGACCAGUGGGUUUUGGACAAGUUGGACAAACAUUUUAAGCCUUUGGUACACAAAAUACCAAGUGAGAAUUACAAGGCGACCGUUUUGGUUUUGAUUGGGAAGAUUUGUAAGAAUUUUAGGAAGAAAGGGCUUUUAAAUGAGACGGUUAUGUGGCUGGAAUCCUUGAAAAGUGAAUCCACCACCGGGGUUUUGCUUCAAGCUAUAAAUUAUUGCUUGCGUUAUAUAGAUUUAAGGAAAAAGUUGGCGUAAAUAACGCCUCCAAAGUGAUACUAGUAAAUUAAUAAAUACGGUUUGUAUAAAUAAAUAAAAUUAAAAUUA